AUGACUACUCUGCCCAAGGACCAGGUACAGAGACCACCUGGUGAUGAGGACGACGGAACACCCGACGUUCCGCCUGGUCCGCCAGGGCUUCCUGGUGAUGAAGAGGACGGAACACCCGACGCUCCGAGUGGUCCUCCCGGGCUUCCUGGCGAUGAGGAGGAUGGAGUGCCGGACGUUCCAGGCGGUGCGCCGGGUCUUCCUGGCGAUGAAGGCGAUGAUGGGCCCGACGUUCCCAGUGGUCCGCCCGGGCUUCCUGGCUAUGAAGGCGAUGAUGGGCCCGAUGUUCCAAGCGGGCCGCCGGGACUCCCCGGCGAUGAUGGAGACGAUGGAACACCGGUGACUGGGGGCCCCAUUUGA